AUGGGCAGCAGCUCGCUGUCCGAGGACUAUCGCCUGUGUCUGGAGCGUGAACUGCGGCGCGGCCGCGCGGGCGUGUGCGGGGACCCGUCGCUGCGCGCCGUGCUCUGGCAGAUCCUGGUGGAAGACUUCGACUUGCACGGGGCGCUGCAGGAUGACGCGCUGGCUCUGCUCACCGAUGGCCUGUGGGGCCGCGCCGACCUGGCCCCCGCCCUGCGCGGCCUUGCCCGCGCCUUCGAGCUGCUGGAGCUGGCCGCCGUGCACCUGUAUCUGCUGCCCUGGAGAAAGGAGUUUACCACCAUCAAGACCUUUUCCGGGGGCUACGUGCACGUGCUGAGGGGCGCGCUCUCGGAGGACCUCCUCAUCCAGAGCUUCCGGAAGAUGGGCUACGUGCGCAGGGACGCCCACCGCCUCAUGGUGGCCGCCCCGCCCCCCGCCCGCCAGCUGGUGCAAGUGGCCCUGGGCUGCUUCGCCCUGCGCCUGGAGUGCGAGAUCCUGGGCGAGGUGCUGGCGCAGCUGGGCACCAGCGUGCUUCCGGCCGAGGUGCUGCUGCAGGCACGGCGGGCCAGCGCCGACGUGGCCUCCUGCGUGGCCUGGCUGCAGCAGCGCCUGGCGCGGGAGGAAGAGCCGCCGCCCUUGCCCCCUCGGGGCUCCCCGGCCGUGUGCCGGGCCCGGCUGGACCUGUACCGGGACCUGCAGGAGGACGAGGGCUCGGACGAGGCCAGCCUGUACGGCGGGCCCUCGCCAGGCCCGGACUCGCCCGCCGCCUCGGAGCUGGCCUGCCGGCCUCUGUUCUGGGAGCAGAGCGCCCAACUGUGGGGGUCGGGCGGGGCCUGGGGGCCGGUGGAGGCCAGCAGCCCGCCGUACGAGGCCUCGGAGGAGGAGCUGGAAUCCGAGCCCGAGGCCUUCUCCUUCCUCUCCCUGCGCCGGGAGCUGCUGAGUCAGCCGGGAGACCUGGCUGCUCCCCAAGCUCCCGGCAGCCCCGAGCGGGCCAGCCCCCCGCGUGUGCAUGGGCCGGUCCCCGAGCCCCUGGGCUACCAGGCCCACAGCUGCCUGGCCCCUGGUGCCCUGCCCACCCUCUGCUGUGACACCUGUCGCCAGCUGCACGCUGCCCACUGCCCCGCCCUGCCCGCCUGCCGCCCAGGCCACGUGCUGCACGUCCUGCGGGGGAACAGCCAGCGGCGCCUGUGGCUGCAGAGGGCACAGGUGGAUGCCCUGCUCUACGAAGGCCCUGGGGCCCAGCCGUAG